AUGGCUUCGAUUACAAAUUCGAGGCAUUCAGAAAUUAACGGUGACUGUGUUUACACAUUACCAAAAAUGCAGUCUAAUAAAGUAACCGUUGUUUUGGGUGCGCAAUGGGGCGACGAAGGCAAGGGAAAAGUUGUGGACCUCUUGGCUUUGAAUUCAGACAUCGUGUGUCGCUGCCAGGGAGGAAACAAUGCUGGUCACACUGUUGUCGUCGACGGAAAGGAGUUCGAUUUCCACUUGCUGCCGAGUGGUAUUAUUAACCAGAAAUGUACCUCGGUCAUCGGAAAUGGCGUUGUUAUCCAUCUUCCUGGACUAUUUGAGGAGCUGAAGAAGAAUGAACUUAAGGGUAUGGAAGGCUGGCAGGAGCGCCUUAUCAUUUCAGAUCGAGCCCACCUUGUAUUCGAUAUUCAUCAGCAGGUUGACGGUCUUCAGGAGGCGGAGAAAGGAAAGAACUCCCUAGGCACAACCAAGAAGGGCAUCGGACCGACCUACUCUUCAAAAGCUACCCGAAACGGAAUCCGAAUAGGAGAUCUGCUGGGCGAUUUUCAUAUGUUUGAAGAAAAGUUCCGCACACUAGCUGAAACGUACAAACGAAUGUUUCCGUCUCUAGAGGUUGACAUAGAUGGCGAGCUAGCCAAAUACAAGGAGUAUGCGAUAAAAAUACGACCUCUCGUAAGGGACACUGUCUCGUAUUUGCACAAAGAGAUCAAAAAUGGGAAGAAAGUGCUAGUGGAGGGCGCUAACGCUGCGAUGUUGGAUAUAGAUUUUGGUACAUACCCGUACGUGACGUCAUCAAACUGCAGUAUAGGUGGAGUGUGUACGGGCUUGGGUCUGCCUCCGAACCUCAUCGGUGAAGUGCUUGGUGUUGUGAAGGCGUAUACGACGCGCGUUGGUGAUGGUCCCUUCCCGACUGAAUUGCAUGAUGAUACGGGCAAAUUGUUGCAAGAGCGUGGUCAUGAAUUCGGCGUGACCACAAAACGGUUGCGGCGUUGUGGGUGGCUGGAUCUGGUCGUGGUCAAAUACACCGCUGCAGUAAAUGGAUAUACCUCGUUAUGUCUGACAAAAUUAGACAUUCUGGAUACAUUGGAGGAGAUCAAAGUGGGUGUGGCCUAUAAAUUAAAUGGAAAGAAGAUAGACUACUUCCCUUCAUCCAUGCCAGAACUAAGUUCUGUGGAGGUGGAGUACAUAACAGUGCCAGGGUGGGCCUGUAGCACGAUCGCGAUACGGGAGCUAAAGAACUUGCCUGCGCAGGCGCAUAGCUACGUUAAGCUCAUAGAGGAUUAUCUACAAGUUCCCGUAAAAUAUAUCGGCGUGGGUCAAGGCAGAGAGUCCAUUAUCAACGUGGCUUAG